AUGGGCGUCUAUGGCGAAGCCUUAGACGGGAUUCCGCGCAAGGAAACCGCCACCCUUACCCCGACCAACCCGUACUCGGCGUCCAAGGCGGCGGCUGAGAUGUUGGUCCAGUCUUACCAUCACUCCUUCCAUGUCCCCGUCAUCAUCACACGCAGCAACAACGUGUACGGGCCGUGUCAGUACCCGGAGAAGGUCAUUCCAGUUUUCCUACUUAGCAUUAUUGAAGACAAAGUUUGUCCAAUUUAUGGCCAUGGCCAAAACGAACGAAACUUCCUCUACGUGAAUGAUGCCGUUGAAGCGUUUGAUCUGCUCCUACACAAGGGAACGGUGGGCAAUAUCUACAACAUUGGCGUGAACAACGAGCAUUCCGUGAUGGCCAUAGCCAAAAAGCUGCAUGGACUUUUGGGAAAACCGCUGAAUAUUGAGCACGUGAAAGACCGUCCGUAUAACGACAUCCGCUACGUCAUCGACUCGUCAAAGCUCCAUCUACUGGGGUGGAAACCCAAGACAAGCUGGGAAGAAGGUUUGAAACAGACGAUUCAAUGGUACCAAAAGCAUGGGUCAGGCUACUGGAAAUAGAAAACUGCUAAUAUUCUGUUUAUAAAGAUGCAUUCUCUUCUUUGUGUGAUAUCAGUAUUUGAAUAAUACUUCUAAACAUUCCGGUAUUCCUGCCAAGGGUUAUACGUAGGAAAUUUUGGUCGACGAUUAAUUUACACGCGUUUUUAGGUAAAUUUAGAUGUAGGGGAUGUUUUCAAGAAAAUUGGACAUUGGACCUGGCCGUGGGUAGGAACAAUGGAAAAGUGUCAUAGAGAGCAUUCACAACCAGUUGAUUCGCGGACUAACUAGUCCACGGAUCGAACACGUCUGACCAACUUGAAAGUUUGCCGCAUUAUCGGCCAACACACUGGAUAGAUUCCCCGCGGGGAUUAUUCACGCAAGCUUUCAAAUGGGUUAACCAUAUUUGAUCCGGUUGUGAGUGCUUUCAAACACAUAUUUACAAUAACUUGGGAUACGGUAUUUACAGCAUUUUAUUUGAAACCUUUUCGGAAAAUUUCUAAUUUCGAAACUGUUUCUGCAUAUAGAUACUAUUAGCAUUUUGCAAUGGGGACGUAGUUUUGGUGGAUAAUUUUCUACGGGUUUUUCAAAAUACGGGCAUCACGUUCUUUUUGUUGUGGUAUGUUUUGUUAAUGGUGGGAUUUUGUUAUGUGUUUUUAAUUGAAGAAGAUUAACCGUUCUUGUGUUCAUUGCUAUAUACCACUUAGCAAUAUGGUAGGUGAGUCAGCUACUUAGUAAUUUUAUUUGUCUUUUUAUAUAUACUGGUAGAUUUAAUUUAAUAAUUAGCACUUAAAAAUGUGGUAAUUUACAUUUAUAGUCUCUUUAAACCGCAAUGUGGAUUUCUUCAAAUGAGUUUAAUUUUUGUUAUUUUUGCAUCGAAGUGAAAAUUGACAAGAUAUAUUUAUACCUCUAAUAAAUCAAAAAUUCGUUUA